AUGAUUGAACUCACAUCGAGGUCCUCUUCAAGGUCCGACAGCCCUCAAAGGUCUGAUACAAAUAGUCCCGUCGAGUCUCCUCUGGCCUUGGAUACCCCCGCAACAGAGGCUGGAGACCCAUUCGACAACCUGCAUGAGCUGCUGGACAGACUCCCUUCAAACAGUCACAUUCUUGUCACUGGCGGCCUCGGUUUUAUUGGAAGCCACACCACGCUUGAGCUGCUCAAGGCAGACUAUAACGUUAUUGUGAUCGACAAUCUCAGCAAUGCAUUUGAAAACGUUUUCGAGCGUAUCAGCUUCUUGGCCAAAAAACAUCACGAAGAGAAUGGCACCAAGAUGCCAUCACUGCGAUUGCAUGCUCACGAUUAUCGCGACACCAAAGCUCUUGAACCCCUUCUCGACGAGUACCGGCUGCCAUCAUUGUGGGGAGCUCCCAAGUCAAGAAUCGCUGGUGUCAUCCAUUUUGCAGCUUUUAAGGCCGUCGAGGAGAGCAUCCGCAAGCCAUUGAAAUAUUAUUCCAACAACGUGAGCGGCCUGGUCGAUUUUGCCACAACGCUUGGCGACUUCGGCAUCAAGACAUUCAUCUUCUCGUCUUCGGCCACCGUAUACGGAACCCUCGCAACUUCAGGUCUUCCAUUGAAGGAGGAACUCUGCGUUCACAAGGAAGAGAUGUACACAGACCACGCAGGCUCGGAGCAAUCCAUGCAGCCGGGAUGUACUGGAAUCACCAACCCAUACGGACGCACAAAAUGGAUGUGUGAGACCAUCUUGGCCGACUUGGCCGCAUCGGACCCUGAAUGGACCAUUGUUGCUCUCCGCUAUUUCAACCCCGUCGGCUGCGACUCCUCCGGUCUGUUGGGCGAAGACCCAAGGCAGGCGCCGACAAACUUGCUCCCCGUCGUUGUCAAGGUCAUGACCGGCCAGUAUUCGGAGCUUUCGAUGUUCGGUACAGAUUGGGAGACCGAGGAUGGUACUGCUGUCCGUGACUUCAUCCACGUUAGCGAUCUGGCUCGCGGGCAUAUCGCUGCGCUGAGUUCGGCAAACGAGGGCAGGCUGACAGACAACUUCCGCACAUUCAAUCUCGGAACCGGGAAGGGCAAUUCAGUGAUGGAUGUGGUCAGCACCAUGGAGUCAGUCAUUGAGAGGCCCAUUCCUCGACGGGCUGCGCCCCGGCGUGAGGGUGACGUUGGAGCUUGCGUUGCAGUGGUCGAUCGGUCGACGGAAGAGCUUCAAUGGAAGACAGAGAAGAGCUUGAAGGAUGCAUGCCAGGAUAUCUGCAAUUUCUUGGAAGUCAGUGGUCUGUCCUCAUAG